GCAAGGUAGAGGUUCGCUUUGCUCAGUUGCGAAAUACGGUUCUGCCAAGCGUCUUUUCAACGAUUCGAUCGAACUGUCUACGACUAUGUGAACGACCUGUGCUGUGGCCGGAAGCCACUACGUGCAAUAAUGGAUAGUGCUGCUCUUUACGUCUGGCGCUGCUGUUGUUUACAUCGAUCACUGUGUGAGAACCCGGUUGACGUAGUAACGAUUUGCUAGCGAGGCAUCGAAUUUCCAUUUGGGAGAUCUCGUUGCUACUCUGCUACAUAAAUUUUAGUUUUAUUUGGUGGAUAAAUAUGUUCGAAGUGAAACAGUGCCGAAGAUCCAGGAUUGAGAGCAUUGUAUUAUACAUCGGUGUGUGUCGACUCGUGUGACAACAUGUCAACAGCACUCAUGAGGCCUGAGUGCAAACAGUUUGCUCCCAACAUUUUCAACAAAAGCAAGUGUGCCAAUUGCUUUCGUCAGAAGGAGGAACACAGCGCUGAGGCUCUGGAAAGCAACAGGGCGACGCGCACCAUAGUCAAGUGCGGCUACUUGUUCGUGGCGCCGGGAUGGGACUUCUCCAACCCACUCAACCGCACCAAGAGAUGGCAGCGCCGCUGGUUCGUGCUGUACGACGACGGGGAGCUCAGCUACUCUGUGGACGAGCACCCCGACACAGUACCCCAGGCAAGCAUUGAUAUGAACAAGGUGCUGGAAGUGGCAGAUGCUGAGAAAGUGACGGGGAAUGCAUUUAGUCUAGCGAUCACAGCACCUGAUGGCGUUCAUUUCGUCAAAGGCACCAGCCGUGAAGAAUGCCGUUGGUGGGCAGAUGGACUGUCAGUUUACCCAAGAUCCAAGGGGCGGCACAAAAGGAAUGCGACAUUUCCUGGAGGUCAGUCAUCAAGUAUACUUCCACCUACACAGUCAGUCAGAGCAACUACUCCAAGCGACACACGACCACGCUUCAACAGCUGUCAUACUGAACCUUUACGACAACCUCCUCCAGCACCACAGCGUAAAUGGACUACGAGUGAAGCAGAUGUGAUACCAACAAGAGAUGUGACUUCACCAAAAUCAACCAUCAUCCCAUCAGAGUUGCACACCUCACCAACAACAGAAACAACCAAAGGGUAUGGUGACAAACCUGUGUCAUCAGCAUCACCACCAACAAGAGAUAAAAUACAAACAGAGGAAAAGAGUCGAACUAGACGUGUUGUAAAUAGAGAGAAACGAGGAGUAAAGUCAGCCCGAAGUUUCUCGGAAGAUUUCUCUGGUGUACCUGGUAUUCUUCCUUCGUGGCGAGAAAGGAAAAUGGCAUCAGCUGAUAUACAAGAUAAAACGGACUCAUCUCGGAGGAUACUGUUUGAUAAUUAUGAUAGUGAGAGUAAAAGAGAUGAAAAACUUAAGGAUAUUGCAGACUCUAUAACAAGGGUCCGCUACAAGCGAAAUUCUCCUAUUGCCAGUAGUCUCUAUCUCCACAAAGCCAGCAGCUUGAAGCCUACUCGAGAUGGUGAAUGUAGUGAGGAAGAACAGCAACUAAAAGAUCAAACGAAGAAACCAUUUAUCAAUCCUGCUUUGCGAGGAAUGACAGAAGCUGACACCAGAGAUGAUAAACUAUUACGGGAAAAAUCAAAUGUACGUGGAGAUCCUGAUGGUUGUGGACUCGACCUUUCAAGCCAAAGAUAUUCACCAAAUUCUGAGCUACGUGUUGAUCUCCCUGCAGAGGAACUGCUGAAUAUCAAGAAAGGCUGGCUAAUGAAAUUGGGUACAAAUAAGGAAUGGAAUAAACAUUGGUUUGUUCUUCGUGGUGCUGCCUUGAUGUAUUAUAGAGAUCCUACAGCAGAAGACAAUGGUAUACUGGAUGGUGUAAUUGACUUGAAUGGAGUCAGCAAUGUGAUUGAAGUACAAGUGGCCAGAAAUUACGGCUUCCAAAUAGAUACAUGGGACAGCAAGCAGUGUGUGCUAUCAGCUGUUACGUCUGGUAUUAGAGCAAACUGGAUGGUCGCACUCCGUCGAGCUGCAGGAUUGAAGGAUCCUGUUGUGGAUGGUGUAAUAGUGAAUGAUGCAAAACUUGACAAUGACCUUGGAGGAAAUCAACUUUCUUGUAGGCCAUUGUUGGCAUGUGCAGAACCAUCCAUUGUCCCAAGCACUCCAGCAACACCACGGUCUGUACUGCUCUCUUCAGAUGAAGAGUACAGAACGGCGUCAGAAGGUGGAAGGAGGGAGAGUGAAGAUUGGGGUGAAUCUCUAACUCCUCUGCCACCAUCUCCACCAUUAAACAGGACACCUAUCUCAAGAGUUAAAGAGAAAGCCAGGUCCAGAUCAAACUCAAGAUCACGUGUAUAUAAAAGGUCAAGAUCAUCUCCUCCUUCAUCACGACACUCUACUUUGGAUUCUAUUCGUCCUGAAGAUUUACUGGCAUGCUGUGGGGAACUUCCUGAAUCUGAUGCAGAGGAAAGCAUUGGUGUCGACUCGGUGAAGAGCUCUUUGUUUGACUCGGCAGAGAGUCAAUCAACAGAGGUAGAGGACUUGAAACGACGUCUAAGCAUUGCUCUGUGUGAUGUCAGUAUUGCAGAAAAAGAGCUUCUCAAACUACGGCAAAACAAAGUAGAAAUUGCUGCACUUGAAAAUAAGGUAAAAGAUUUAAUGAGUUCUUUGGAGAAAACUGAACACCAGUUAGAAAUUAGGACAAGAGAAGCAGAGGAAUUGGAAAGACUCAAAGAAAGUUACAAGCAGCUGCUAGAAGAGCAUGAACAACUCCUGCUACGUUGGAGGCAGCAGGCAGUUGGCCCAGACUGGCGAUCAUUAUAUGAACAGAUUAGUGACAGAUAUAGCAGGGAUGGUGAGAUUUGGCAACAGAAACUGAAACAUGCUGAAGCAGCCUUGCAGGAAUCAGAGAAUCGUUGUACACAUUUGGAGAGGACUGUGGCGAUGGCCAGAGAGAGCAGCCGUCACUCUUCAACUGUCACGUCACCUUCACGAGAGAUGAGACGGAGCUUUGGUUCACUGAGUGACCUAACAAACAUUGAUCUCCGACGUGAUCUGUCAUCCCUUGACAAGGACAGAGUUUUGGAAGAGUGUGACGAACUCAGAGCACGUUUUGAGAAAGCUGUGCAGGAAAUUAAAGCGAUGAAACGUGAAUUACGUGAGUCUCAUGCUCUUUAUGAUGAUCUUGAACUUAUAUGUAUUGCCCUGCGGCAAGAUGCAAAGAACCGCGAAGAAAAUGAGAAGGCACAGGCUGCACUUAUGGUGUCACGUAUAGAAGAUUUAACGUCAAAACUUACUUCUGCUGAGAAACAGGUUCGUAGCCUGAAGCAGAAGCUUUCAAAAUCAGACUCCCGAGAAAAAAGACGUUCUCUAUCUUUAAAGGGCAGAGAAUCAUUUCAGAUAUGUAAAGAACUAGAAGAAAAACUGGGAGAACUAGAAGCAAAAAUAAAUGCACUGGAAGCAGGACGGCCAUUCACUGAUAUCUCUAAGUCAGUUAGGGUAUCAAGAAGUGAAUCACCACAGCUAACACAGAAGGAACUGGGUAGCAAUGAGAAUUUGAAAUCUUCAUCAGCUCGUCUAAGGAGAAAAUCAUUAGAUAGUGCAACAAGCUCUGAGCCAAUGAAGGUUCUGAUUCGUCUGUCUGCACUGGAAUCAAAAGUGGCCAAAGCGACUGAAAGUUUGGCGUCAGAGACAGAUGAUGUAGACAUGACGACACAAAGUUCAUCACCAGAACAUCCAGAACACUCAGGUCUGCCAGUGGAGGUGAGUGUUGAACAAGCAGAAAGUGACAGAUGUUCUGAAGCAGAGGUGCGCUUACAUGCACUAGAUGCAAUGAUUGCAAAAUCAAGAGAAAAAGUACAACAGUGUUUAAACAUAAUGCAGACUUACAGAGAGUCUGUUGAUCAUUCUUCAGUAUUGGAUUACUUCUUAUCCUUAGAAUGUAGGUUGUCAGAAAUUAAAGAUAUUCUGCAGCAGUGCAACACACAGUACUGUGAGAGUGAAACAGAUAGGGUAUUUGACUCUGAGGAAGUACAAAUAAUUGGAGAUUCUGUAAAUUUAGUAGUAAGUCAACUAGAAAAUGUUUUGAGACAGAAGUUGUCAACACUUUUUGAAAAAAGAAAGUGUCUUUAUGCCAGUAAUCAGUUAGACUACAAAGCAUCAUUAAAUCUUCUUGCAGAAAAACUGGCUUAUGAAACAGUUAUAAUAAGCAGGGUACUGCAAGCUGUUUUAAAAAGCAAAGAAAAUUUUUUGGAUUUUAGAAAGUGGGUAGUCGACAGUGAGAUUCUGGAAAGUAGUAGGCUAAUAUCAGCUCUUAAACUGAAGUUAAGUGGUACAAAUAACUCUGGUUACAAAAGUUCACAAAGCUCCCUUGAACAUCUUACAAAAAUUCUUUCUGAAAGAUUGCUUGUACAGGGGACUUUAGCACUUUCUGAUGCAGUUCAGUCAAAAAUAGUAAAAGACACUGUACGUUCUGGCACUCAAGAUACGCAUAUCAUUAAUAUACUUCUGCAGAAACAGAAUGAUCUUAGUAUGUGUGUGAGAAAAUACAAGGAAGAGAAAAUAGAUGAGUUAGCACAGUCUUUGGCAUAUGAGACUUUGAGCCACACUGAUGAAAUAGUUGAAGCAAACAACUGUAAACUAGAAGAUAAGAAGUUGAGAGAAGCUUGGACAGUUGCACAGGAAACAGUAAAUCAUGAACUUAUACAAGCUGAAAUAUCACAUGUUGCAAUGAGGUGCAGUCAAGCUUAUGAAUCUAGUCUGACAGCAGAAAGGCAAGCCAGUUUUACCUUUAUUGGAACACAGCGUUCAUUUUUGGAACAGUGGACAGAAACGGUUGAAGAAAUUUUGAGGAAAGAAAUGGAAAUGGGUAUUGAAGAGCUGACAAAGAAGUAUGAAGAGUAUAUAAUAAGAUUGAAACAGAAUAAAGAUACUAUAAAGAACCUUAAUCACAGUCAAAGCACAAAAGACUCAAGAAAAUUGUUAGCAGAACUUGCAGAUGUGAUUGCUAAUAAAGCUUUAAUUGAUGCUAGAAUUAGUGUAAUCCUGCAAGAAAAAUCUUCUUCAGUAGUAGAUAGAUCACCUCUCCCACAACAGGUGGAAAACUGUGUCACAGAUUCAAAUGUAGUACACCUUUUAGACAGUGAACCAAUUCUUGCUAGACUUCUGGAUGAUGAAACACCUGAGACUAAUGUGAAACUUGGUUCAGAAUUUGAAUUCUUAUUUCACAAAUUUUAUUCUGAGUGUCAAGGAUUACUUGAUAGUGGCUCCAGUGAUAAACCUAACUAUCUAACUGGCCAGAAGGGAAAUCAGGAAUCUGCUCAAGAAGUUCUUAAGGAUCUUUAUUACCUGGAAAAAGAUCUAGAAGUUCUUCGUAAUCAUUUAACUUCUCAGGAAAUGUUGUGCUCAGCUGAAAUUGAUGCAGGAUAUCAACAUUUGACAGAUGUGGAAGACUGUGAUAUGGAAGUAACUUGGCACAGUGUGUGUAGUAAAUGUUCCGCACUUCGAGAACAGGUGGCCAACUUAAAUAGGUACAUGCUGCAUGAACACCAGUGUUCGAAAUGCAUGGAACUACAGGAACAAAUGAAAAGGCUUGAAGAGAUCCAUCAGGAAAGUGUAUCACUCUUGAGAAAGUCACAUCAACAGGAAAUGGAAGCUCUAAAAGCAGAGUUGGAGCAGCAACAGCAGGCUCUUAUUGCUCAACAUGAACAUGAGCAGACGCAGUUAAAAGAAAGAGCCCGCCGCCUUGAACGUAGGCUUGGUACUCUGGACUCUGAAUACACACAACAGGUGGAAAAUCUCAGAGCUGCAUAUCAAAAAACUCUAGCGGAAGGACUUGAAAGGGACAUUGAGGGUGAGGAGAACAUCAGGCAGAGAUAUCAAGCUGAAAUUGAACACCUCAGGGCCCUGUGUGAAAAAGGAUUGGUUGCAAUGGAAAAUUCUCACAGACGUAUAAUAGCUGAAUUGGAAGAGAAACAUCGUCAGGAAUUGGAACAACUGCGGCUGGAAAAGGAGCAGGCACUUGCUGAGGAAACACAGGCCACCCUUGCAGCCCUAGAUGCUAUGAGAAAAGCACAUGAAACUGAAGUUCAGAAAGAGAUCGCAAAAUUUAAGUCUGAAUUCAUAAAGAAGAUGCAGUCUACACAUGACAUUGGUGCACUUCAUAAAGAGCAUGAGGCAGAGAUGGAAGAGAUAAAGAAAGAAAUUCUGUCACUGUCCGAGAAGUAUUCGAUCAAAUGUGUUGAGUCAGCAGCACUAGAAGAGCAACUGAGUGUGGCUAACAAGCAGCUUGCUGAAGCACAGCAACACAUUCUUCAGCUGGACGCAAGGAACAAACAACUGAGAGCACAUUUAAUGUCUGAAGCAAAUGAGAUUUCAUCAGAAGAUGCUGCAGAAUUGUUGGAGCAUCAGGAAUCAAGAUUGCAAGAAAAAUGUGCAGAAAUACAGAAACUGCAACAGCAGUUGAAUGUUGCACAUGCUCAUGGGGAGGAGCUGAGUGCCCUGUGCUCACGCUUACGUGAUGAGUGCGGUGGUUGCCAUGGUGAUGGGGCUGUGCUGACAGCUCUGUGGAAUAGACUGCAACAGUUGGCAACUGCAUGGCCACCACAUGAGAAAGCUUCCGAGGUCGGUGUGUCAAACAGACAUGAUACAGACGGAGACAAAAAUCAGGAAGGACAAUGCUCCAUAUCCAAACAGCAUAAGGAACCGCCAGCUCUCGCCCCUGCAGAAUUGAUGCGGUGUCCAGAUAACAGCUGUUCACGAGACCUUCAGCAGUCUUUUUUAUGGUUUGUCCCCCUCCACUCCCCAUCGCCCUGUCCACUGGGUGGGAUGGUGGCCGAGCGCAAAAAGCUGUUCGAACACUAAGUGUGAGAAUGUCGGAGGAGGGGAGGGGAUGCAACAACACAGAUUCAAAAAUAGAUGAGUCAGGCAUCUUAAACUGUAAUAGCAGCUCUGCAGCUCCAUUUAUUCUCCAAAAAAGAAAGCAGUUUGCUUGUGCAAAUCAGACUGAAGACACCACUAGUGUCACUCCAGGUUUUACUCAGCUUGUAAUAGUGAAAACAAAAACACUAUCUAUUAAAAACAUAGCCUCAAAGUACUGUGUGAAGAAGCUGUAAUCACAAUUUUUACAGAAUUACAUUAAAUUUUGAGAAUGUUGAGUUAAAAUUGCUUGUGUUUACAAACUAGUGUAGAGAUGUGUAUGAGCAUGGGAGACCACCAGACUACUAAAUCUUUAGAAGUAAAUGUGUAAUAAAUCGACUUUUGAGCUUUAAUUUCAAGACAGUUGAGCCUAUUCCCAUAUUGUACUAUAUCAAAAUGGCACACAUAAAAUGGGACAUAUUUUAUAAAGAAAAUUAAGAUCUUUUAUACAAAAAAAUGCUACACAUUUUUAUAUGGGAUAUAGAUUUAGUCCUUUUUAUAUUUCUUCUGUGAAUACAUAUGGCAGCAUUUCUUUACCAAAAAAAAAGAUUUGUUGAUUUUUUUAAAUACAAGUUAGUGCUCCACAAGGAUGGUGAUAAAAUAUAUUGCAGUAUAAAGUAGAAUUUCAAGGAGGUAACUGAAAGAGGAGGGGAGAUUUAUGGUCGAAUGUUCAUCUCUUUUCUAUGCAGAGAUAGUGGCUGUGCCACAGAUGACUGUCACUAUCAUGAUGGUUAAAUGAAGUGGCUCUCAUUCUCAGGUAUUGUCAAAGAGUAGCCAUUUCAGUUUUUGUGUCAUGCAUAAGUACAGUUGCCAUGUCACCUUAACAUUUAUAGUUUCUUGGGCAUUAUUUAUUUUCUAUGUAUGAAGUAUGUGUACAUUUAAAUUUUUGAGAUAAGUUAUACCAUAUGAGAUUUGUUGUGCAAGUGUGUAUGGAUUUUCUGCAAUAUCUUUAAUGGGCUUUAAAGCACAUUAUCUGUUAGCAACCAAAUAUGUACAUAACUGUAAAGUUCAUAAUUUAACAGUAUAUAGUUCUAUUUAUGACAGUUUACCUGAAAGCAAUUAACAAUGUAUUGUGUUAAUAAAAGCAGUUCAUUUAAACAAAAUGUAAAAUAACUGCACUCAUCAACCCACCUACGUUGUUUAUUUAGUUCUCAUAUAUAUUAAUUAUGUUGCAAUCAUUUGUGAAUCACCAAAUUAAUUCUUUGCUCAUGGUAUGUAUGUAUAUAUUGUACAUAUUGUAUGUAUGUAUGUACCAAGAGAAAACGCACGUCAGUUAUGUAAAAUUAAUUUGUGUAGAAUUAAAGCGAUAAAGUUUUGUACCAGUAUAUAGUGUUUCCCUUCGUUUGGGUUCACAGAUUUGUUAACUGUUUACUGCAACAUGAUGUUAUGUUUUUGUGAUACUUUAUUUCAGAAUGCACCUUGUUAUGUACAGAUAAUUCAACACUAUAAACUAAAGCUGUAUGCCAGUUUUAUGUUAAAUGUUGCCAUUUCUUGAAGAAUGGAAUGUUAAAGUAUUGAAUGUAUAAUAAACUA